UCAACCAAAAGCGUGUUUCUUCACACAACUUGUGAAAGCAACCCUUCGCUAUAUGUGUCACUGUAACACUAUGGUGCCUGUAGGUUAUUUUCACAGAUAUGUUUGACAAUAUGAGAACAAAGUGAGUGUUCUCUCUCACCAUGUCAACACUUCAGCCACUACAGCCAACCACAACAGAGGUCUGCCUCCACUAGUCCGCUGUAUUCUGCUGAUGAGCACAGCUGUGAGUGACAAUGGACUGUGAGGUAGAAGACGCAAGAAGCAACACAUCGACUGCAUCUAUUAAUGAGACUCAGUUGCAGUCGCAAAAAGAGAAGAAAGACAAAACUGGCUGCUUCCGGGCCAAGAACGCUGAUGAGGAGGCCUGCGUGGCGGUGAAAAUCGAACACUCCAGAGCUCUAGGCUGUAGCCCGGCGAGCGAGCAGCACAGAAACCCACCCAGCGUGCAGGCGUGUCUGAGUCGGGCGGGCGGUGGGAAGACUGUCAAGAGCAAGGGAGGGGUCAAUGGAAGAGGCCCUGGUAGCAGGCCUCGGUCGGUGUCCAAACCACAAGUGCCUCCAAAGCCACCACAUCUCCAGAGCCCGGUGACUGGGCUCUCAUCCCCGCUGGGCCACAUACAGAAACCACUGCAUAGACCGGUCAUGGAACAGGGAGGAGGAGGAGAGGGAGGAGGAGGAGGAGGAGGAGGGGUUGGAGGAGGAAGAGGUGCUGUGAACCGGGAUAAAGUCAGGGAGAAAAACUCCAAAGUCUCAGACCUCAUCAGCCGCUUUGAGGAGAACAGCAACACAGAGAGCAAGAGAGACGGAUCGCCACUCAAACAGAUCAGCAAGUCAAACAACUGUAGCCCAGCUCACCGCGCCCUCCAGAAGCAGACCGAGACCGGCGGGAUUCAGGAGAACCACUCCCCCGUACCGGCCCCGCCGCAGGAUGCCCACAAAGCGCCACCUAACGGGGUGGUAGCACAGAUGGAGCAGGACAAGGAGAAGGAGGACAAACCGGAGAGGAACAAUGAAAGUGUGAUGAUAGAGACUGCUGGGCUGGUAAAUGGCGAUAUGGGGGACGGAAGCACAGAACAGAGUGAUGAUCAAUCACCUCCACACACAGACAGGACUGAUACAGAAAGCCACACUGAGAAUGAGGGCAAUGGAACUCAAACAGAAAGUGAGCACAGAAACGACGAAGGGAGCGCAGACCAUAAGGAGACAAAUGAACAGAAGCUGUUUAAGAUUGCAAGCGAGCUCUUGCAUACAGAGAAGGCCUACGUGGCUCGACUUAACCUGCUGGACCAGGUCUUCUGUGCUAAGCUAAUGGAGGAAGCAAAUAAAGGGACAUUCCCCGUGGAUGUGGUGAAGAACAUCUUCUCCAACAUCUCCUCCAUCCAUGCCUUUCACAGCCAGUUUCUGCUUCCAGAUCUGGAGAAACGCAUGGGAGAAUGGGCGUCCACACCUCGUAUUGGAGACAUCCUGCAGAAACUCACACCCUUCCUCAAGAUGUAUGCAGAGUACGUGAAGAAUUUCGACAAAGCCAUGGAGCUGCUGAAACAGUGGACUGAUCGUUCUCCUCAAUUCAAGGCCAUCAUUCAGGAGAUACAGAGUCAAGAGGUGUGUGGCUUCCUGACGCUGCAGCAUCACAUGUUGGAGCCCGUGCAGAGAGUCCCUCGCUACGAGAUGCUGCUCAAAGACUAUCUGAAGAAGCUGCCUCAGGACGACUCUGACCGACGAGAUGCAGAAAAAUCAUUAGAAAUCAUCGCCACAGCUGCUACUCACUCCAAUAGCGCCAUACGAAAAUCUGAUAAUCUGAAGAAGCUGAUGGAGAUAUACGAGAUGCUGGGAGAGGAGGAGGACAUUGUCAACCCCUCUAACGAGUUCAUCAAAGAGGGCCACAUCUUGAAGCUGGCGGCCAGGAACACCUCGGCCAUGGAGCGAUACCUCUUCUUGUUCAACAACAUGCUGUUGUACUGCGUGCCCAAAUUCAGCCUGGGAGGGGCGAAGUACACAGUAAGGACGCGGAUCGGCAUCGACGGCAUGAAGGUCCUGGAAACGACCAACGAGGAUUACCCUCAUACCUUCCAGGUGUCUGGGAAGGAGAGGACACUGGAGCUACAGGCCAGCUCAGAGCAGGACAAGGCAGACUGGAUUAAGGCUUUCCGGGCAACCAUUGAGAUCUUCCAGCAGAAAAAUGAGUCAUUCAAGAACGCGUUGAGAGAUGUGGAGGAAGUGUCAAACGCAGAGCUGGGGAAGCGUGCCCCUCGAUGGAUCCGCGACAAUGAAGUGACAAUGUGCAUGAAGUGUAAAGAGCCGUUCAACGCUCUGACACGGCGGAGACACCACUGCAGAGCCUGCGGCUACGUGGUGUGCUGGAAGUGUUCAGACAAUAAGGUGCAGCUCGAAUAUGACAGCAACAAGAUGAACAAAGUCUGCAAAGACUGCUACUCCAUCCUGACUGGAGAAGCAUUAGCCGAGGGCAAGAAGAAGGGCAUCCUGGAGAUCGAGGCGGCUCAGUUCACAGGCAGCAGCAUCAUGUGUGGCUUCCUGCAGUACUGUGAGAAGAACAAACCUUUGCAGAAGGUGUGGUGCGUCAUCCCCCAGAAGGAGAGUCUGGUGCUCUAUCUCUACGGAGCUCCGCAGGACGUGAAGGCCCAGAGUACUAUCCCGCUCCUGGGCUAUAAUGUGGAGGACACAGAGUCUUCGAACACCUUCCGCCUCUCUCAGUCCAAGUCCAUCCACAGCUUCACGGCCGACAACGAGGAUGCCAAGCAGCGCUGGCUGAAGGUGAUUCGAGUGGCAGUGACGGGGGAGGUGCCGGAAUGCCCUCAGACCAACGGCAGCAGUGCCAACGUGAUGGACAACAACAACACACAAGAAGCGGGUACUGAUAGCACAUAAGGGUGCAAGCAAACUACCGUUGGAUUGAUCAAGAAAGACAAUACGUGCAGGUUGUGAUGCACACAUAUAAUACAAAUGCACACUCUCCAUGCUGUCCUUAAAUCUGAAUCUUAAAGACAAAGUGGAAAAAAAUCAGUGCUGGAUAAGCUGCCUUUUCUUGCCACUCUCCUUUUUCCCACUUUCUUCAUGGAUUUUCUCAUAAACCCGCAAAAAGAACUUCUGAUUCACUGCUAGAGCUGUGCUGGAUUACUAAAGGACACGUCUGGUACAAUCAACACUAGAGCAACGGGGCCUCAGGAUUGAUCGACUUCCCUCAAACAGGCAUUAUUAAGGACAGCUCAAACUCAGAUGUCAACUCCUCUUGAGCCAGUGGACAACCACAGACUUACACAGCGCCCUGUACAGGAUGUGAAUCAAAGCAAAAGGAUGGUCCAAACUAAGUCUGCUGGUGCUGUAACUCAACUCUGUGUACCUGUGUAGUAUAAAUGUUUUGUUUAUUUCUUUUCAAAAAGGAACAAUAUGUUUUUCGUGUACAGAAAUCAGUUCGAGAAAUUGGUUUUGAUAACAUAGAUACGAUAUCUGUAUGAUAAAAAAUAUUUACAGUAUUCCCGCUUUUCUUUGCUUGAGAAGAUGGUUUCAAAGUGGGAAAAUGAUCAUGUGUUUGGAUAAUAAUGGUCUCAUCUCCCUCUCUUACGGCUCAAUGAAAAUCCAUCAACAGUCUAAUCAAACUCUGGAUGCACGUUGGCUGAUCUGCUUUGCUGUAGUGUGUUUUCUAUGAUAUGGAUAAACUCUUCUGCCAGUGUGUCACAAUGGCAAUACAUAUUGUGAGUUAAGAAACCAUUUAUAGAUCAAAUAACCAAAUGUGAAUGUUUUUGGCUCACCCAGUGUCAGGUGCUUCAUCAUAUUGAUGCAAACAUCUUGUGAAUGCAUUACUACAAUAAAUCAGUCCUCCUCAUUGAUUUUCAGCAUUGCCUACAAUGCAGCCAGAGCUAUACAAGGGGGCAAUUUCAGAAGGUUUUGGAGAAUUGCAAGAACCAGAUCUUUUUAAAACAGUCACAAAUGGAGCAGCAGAGGCCGAGAUAUCCUCAAGCCAUGCUUCAAAAACACUGGGUCCUACAAAUCCCAUUUUGCAACACAAUAGUGGCUUAGAUCUUCCCUGCUCGUUAAACCCCCAGGACUUCUGUCGUAUAUUUGAAGUCUCAAACCAAACUCUCAUGACAUCACUAUGACGUGAUCAGGGUUAUUUUCCCCGACUUUAGAAAGCGCCCUGCAGAGUCUCCAAGGACAUUACAUUACACAACUGUUUUCAGAGCUUGAGUUGUACCCUGUCCAUCACAAGUACACUGACGUUUCUGUGUGAAAUCAGUGGAGUGCCCCUUUUAAAGGUAUAGCUACCUUCAAUUCCCAAAUCUCUAUAAUCUCACAAUAUGUAUUGUCAUACAUCACCCAUGUUUGCAUUAAAAACAGGAUGAAUGGUAAGUGGACCUUAGAGAUAAGCGGGGAUCAUCGGGUCUUCGUGUGGCAGAGUUUUCUAUUUAGAUGCAAAUGCAGCACAAUCAGAUAUAACAAAGCUGGGGCGAGAUAUGUAAAUGUGUUUUUAAUGCUGUAAUUAAUUUUAUUAUUUAAAGUAAUUUAUAGAGUAUGAUAAGCAUGAUCUGUUAAAGUAGCACACAGUCGUUCCCUCACAACUUCGACUUCAGGAGUGCAGUAGGUAGAUUUUUUUUUCCCCCGGGAGCAGAUGUUUUUCCACUAACUCGUCGGGACGCGUCGCCUUGGUUCUUCAGUGUGACAGCGACCGGUCACAGUGCUGGAUGGACUGUGUUCCAAGUCCCCCCCCCCCCCCCUCCGUGCUCGAUGCUGGUGCUCACCUGAGUCUCACCCACCCCCUGAACUCCUCAGUAUUCAAAUAAAAAAACAAAAGCACAAAACUUCCCUGUCUGUAAGAUCUGAAUGUAUAUCCAGAUUUUGUAAGUCCUCCCCUCCCCCAAAGGUUUGAGAAACUACGCACUUUACAAUCUUAUAAAGUGUACCUUCUAAGAAAAUAAAAACAGAUUCAAUACGA